AGGACAGUGACACAUGUUGGACACUGUAGCAGAGGAGUGGCCUUGAAAGAUGGAAAAGAUCUCUUCCAGCUCACUGUUGCUUUGAGGCUGGAUGUGCCAUAAGGAUAUAUAUAUAAGGAUAUAUAUAUAGCUUUAUUAUGCACAAUUUGAGUAGAGAGUGAGUUUGUGUUUGGCUAUUUUUUAUACAACUAAAUAUAUUGAAGCCAUUUUGCCUCUUGUGGAAAUAAAUAAUCCUUGCUGGCUUAGUCCUAUGUAUGAUUUCCAUUUUGAAAAAGCCAUAAAUACUGUGGUUCUGUAUUACCUGAUUGUGAGCAUUGAGCCAAAAUGCACCAGAGCCCAGAGUUCCUUGAAACAAGAUGUGCUUUUGAUGGAUGGGAAUGCAGAGGAGGAGACGGUAGUCGUGACUCAGUCCUCAACGAGGUUAGAAACCUUCUUGCUGCAAUGGAAGCUGCUCCUGCCAACAGAUCUCAAGAAAGGACUCUGCCUUCUAGGCAAGCUGGCCAUGUUACUGAAGAUCACCUUGUCUUCUGGAAGCAGAAACACAGUGAACAGAUGAACCUCUUCAGCCAGACAUUCCUUCACUAGAGCUCUCCCCUCAUGGAGCACCACGGCAGGGAGGAGAUGAACUCGAAAGAGGAAGGUCCUCAGGUGUGGGCUGACUCUGCUGAGCAGGAACAGAAUAGUGCUCAGGUGCACUUUGUCCCUGAGGGGGGAACAGUGGCGCAGAUCGUGUACAGCGACGAGCAGGACCGUCCCUCGCAGCAGGUUGUCUACACGGCAGAUGGCACCUCCUACACCUCUGUGGACACCUCUGAGCACACCCUGGUUUACAUCCACCCCGUGGAAGCUACGCAGGCAUGUGUGGUUCUGUGCACACCCUGUUUUGGCACCUAGGAAACGAGCUGGUUUGAGAUGGAAGCUGGUUACCAGCCAAGUGACUCUGUUUACAGAUCCCUCCCAAGUGGCUUAUGUCCAACAGGAUGCCACCACCCAGCAGGUAACUGUGCUCUUGCCUGCUGCUGCUCAGAGCAUGAAUCCCACCAACCUGUCCGUGCUCGGCAGCGUUGCUGAACCCCCCCAGCAAAUGGCUCUGGAGCAGGGUCCUCAAGCAGAUAGAGCAUCGUUACCGGUGCAUAACCAGGUGUUACCUCCUAUGGAGGCAGUGGAUGGUUCUGACCCUUUAGCACCUCUGCAGAAUCAAAUGGGAAGGAUGGAAACAAAAGAGGAAGAUGAUGAGGAUGAAGAUGAGGAUGAAGAGGGGGAGGACACUGACAUGGAUGAAUGGGAUCCAGAUCCACCUCGACCCUUUGAUCCCAAUGAUUUGUGGUGUGAAGAGUGUAAUAACGCGCAUCCUUCUGUGUGUCCAAAACACGGACCAUUGCAUCCAAUCCCAAACAGGCCUGUGCUGACCAGGGCGAGAGCCAGCCUUCCCUUGGUGCUCUACAUAGACAGGUUUUUGGGAGGCGUGUUCUCCAAAAGGAGGAUCCCCAAACGCACACAGUUUGGACCUGUGGAAGGACCCCUGGUUAGACAAACAGAACUCAAAGACUGCUAUAUCCAUUUGAAGGUUUCUCUUGAGAAGGGGGACAGAAAAGACAGAGAUUUGCAAGAGGACCUGUGGUUUGAACUUUCUAGCGAGGCACUUUGUAACUGGAUGAUGUUUGUGCGUCCAGCUCAAAACCAUUUGGAGCAGAACCUGGUUGCGUAUCAGUAUGGCCACCACAUUUACUACACCACCAUUAAAAACGUGGAGCCCAAGCAGGAACUCAAGGUGUGGUAUGCUGCUUCUUAUGCAGAGUUUGUGAACCAGAAGAUCCAUGACAUAUCCGAGGAGGAAAGGAAGGUUCUCAGAGAGCAAGAGAAGAACUGGCCCUGUUACGAGUGCAAUCGGCGCUUCAUGAGCUCAGAGCAGCUCCAGCAGCACCUCAACUCCCACGAUGAGAAGCUGGACUUCUUCAGCAGAGCCAGAGGCCGAGGUCGUGGCCGAGGGAAGAGGAGGUUUGGACCAGGCAGGCGCCCCGGGCGCCCUCCCAAAUUCAUGCGUAUGGAAGCAACCAGUGAAAAUGGGGAAAAGUGUGAAGAAGGGACACAGGACUUGCUGCAUUUUUCCAGCAAGGGGCAGUUUGAUGAGGCCGGACAAGCCACACUGAACGGGUUGGAGCAGCAGGAGCAGACUCCAGUGCCACCAGAGCCACAGUCUGCGCUGGAGCAGCAGUCGGAAAACCACCCGCUACAAAUGCAGGCGCAGCACGAUGAGAGCCCGGUGCCCACGCAGAGCACCAUGACAGCAGAUGACAUGAGGCGAGCAAAGCGUAUCAGGAAUGCAGCUCUCCAGCACCUCUUCAUCCGGAAAUCCUUUCGCCCCUUCAAAUGCCUCCAGUGUGGGAAGGCCUUCAGGGAAAAGGACAAACUGGAUCAGCACCUCCGCUUCCACGGGCGGGAAGGGAACUGCCCUUUGACUUGUGACAUCUGCAACAAGGGUUUCAUCAACAGUGGGGCUCUCGAGAGCCACAUGAAGUUCCACAUGGACCAGAAAACAUACUCCUGCAUCUUCUGUCCCGAGUCCUUUGACCGCCUGGAUCUGCUCAAAGACCACGUGGCCAUCCAUGUCAACGAUGGCUAUUUCACCUGCCCUACCUGCAAGAAACGCUUUCCAGACUUUAUCCAGGUGAAGAAGCACGUCCGCAGCUUCCACUCGGAGAAGAUCUACCAGUGUACGGAGUGUGACAAAGCCUUCUGCCGCCCUGACAAGCUGCGCCUCCACAUGCUGCGCCACUCGGACCGCAAAGACUUCCUGUGCUCCACCUGUGGCAAGCAGUUCAAGAGGAAGGACAAACUGCGAGAGCACAUGCAGAGGAUGCACAACCCGGAGAGGGAGGCCAAGAAAGCGGAUCGGAUCAGCCGCUCCAAGACCUUCAAGCCUCGGAUCGCGUCCACUGACUACGAGAGCUUCAUGUUCAAGUGCAGGCUCUGCAUGAUGGGCUUCCGCCGCAGGGGCAUGUUGGUGAAUCAUUUAUCAAAGAGACAUCCAGACAUGAAAAUAGAAGAGGUGCCAGAGCUCACGUUGCCCAUUAUCAAACCCAACAGAGAUUACUUCUGUCAGUACUGUGAUAAGGUGUACAAGAGUGCCAGUAAGCGCAAAGCACACAUCCUGAAGAACCACCCUGGUGCUGAGCUACCUCCAAGCAUCCGGAAGCUGCGUCCUGCAGGCCCAGGAGAGCCGGAUCCCAUGCUGAGCACCCACACCCAGCUCACAGGCACCAUUGCCACCCCUCCAGUCUGCUGUCCUCACUGUUCCAAGCAGUACAGCAGCAAGACCAAGAUGGUCCAGCACAUCCGCAAGAAGCACCCAGAGUUUGCUCAGCUCCCGAACACGAUCCACGCGCCGCUGGCAACGGCUGUCAUCAGCUCCACUCCUGCUGUUCUAUCCACCGACAGCACUACUGGAGAGACGGUUGUGACAACAGAUUUACUGACCCAGGCAAUGACAGAGAUAUCCCAGACCCUCACCACGGACUACCGGACUCCCCAGGGAGAUUACCAGCGGAUCCAGUACAUCCCAGUGUCGCAACCCACAACUGGCUUGCAGCAGCCUCAGCACAUACAGCUGCAGGUUGUGCAAGUGGCCCAGGCUACCUCACCUCACCAGUCCCAGCACUCCACAGUGGACGUUGGGCAGCUUCACGACCCCCAGACCUACACCCAGCAUGCUAUCCAGGUGCAGCACAUCCAGGUCACAGAGCCUUCGGCAGCACCUCAGUCGUCAGCACAGGUUGGGGCUCAGCCUUUGAGUCCCUCCUCACAACAAUCUCAGCAGGAGCUCAGCCCCUCACAGAUGCAGACAGCUACAUCGACACCAACCCAAGCCCUCCAGCAGCAGCAGGGAUCUUCAGUCCAGCACACGUAUCUUCCCAGCACGUGGAACUCGUUUCGGAGCUAUUCAUCUGAGAUCCAGAUGAUGACCAUUCCCCAAGGCCAGUACGUGAUCACAGAGACUGCUGUAGGUACACCAGUCACCACUGUCAACACGGGGCAAGUGAAAGCAGUUACUCAGACUCACUAUGUGAUAUCUGAAGGUCAGCCUGAUCUGGAAGCCAAACAAAACUCUUCGCUCCCCAGUGAGGUCCAGGUCGGCGUUCCCCAGCCCCCAGUCCCCACGGAUACCUUGGAAUCCCAAACAGGCACUCAGCAGCCCACCACCCAGUACAUCAUCACUACAACCACCAAUGGGAGCGGCAGCAGCGAGGUGCACAUCUCUAAACCCAGAACUUUCUCAGCAGAACAUGAAUGAAGAAGCCUUGUGGUGUCUCUUGCUCGUACUUGUCACCUCCCCCCCGAGCCCAGAUCUAUGGGUAUGCUGGGGUUAAAUAUGGUUUAAAGUAUAUGCUCACUUCAGCUAAAAUCUUGGAGCUCUUGUUAACGCUUUAAGAGGGUUCAAGUCCCUGGUGACCAUGAAGAAGUACCCUCAAAAUCCUUCUGGGUUGUUACUUUAUGCAGCUUUUAACAAAAAGGACAAGAGGAGAAGUAAAACUUCUGCUUGCUCUGGACUUGAUUUUGGGCAUGUCUGCUGACCCUUACUUUUCCUUUUUGGAAGUGUCUCCAGUAAACAACUUGUUACUUCAAUUUUAUGGGGAAAAAGCUUCCCUAAUGGAAGGCUAACUGGCUGAUGAUGUAUGUAUGUUUUUACUAGGAGCUGUUAAAGAGGAGGCCAUUGUGUAAAUAGCCAGAAUAGGGCAGAACCGCUUCCAAUGUCCUCGUUUCAGCAGCCAAGGUGAAAGGGAACAUCAUCUGCUCGCUGCGAGCAGACUGCCUGGAGAGAAAGAGCAGCAGCAGCCAAGUGUCCAUGUGAGGGGAUGGAUGUAACUAUGAAGCUGUGAAGAUGUGCCCAAGCAGUCCAUUAAAUUAUUAUUCUCAUUUUUCCAGCCCUCAAGAACUGUUUACAUGCUGCCUGCCCUGCCCUAGUUUACCACCUUCCAAAAGAAGGAAAAGUGCAGUCUUAAACCCGUGUUGUUUGGAGCAAACUGAUGGAGGUUGUAGCAGCACGUAAGGGUAUUACAGAGCCACUGUUAUCUCUUUUUCCCUUCCAGUAUUUGCAGGGAAAAUCACCUUUUUGCCCAGUAAAACAGACAAAAAGGGUUCACCUUAGCCUAUGUAGCAGCUUCUGCUGUAACCUAAAGGUAGCUGUGCCAGGAGAACAUGAGGGUGCAGGAGCACACCUCUGAAGAGGCAGGGUAGUUAUCUCUGUUGUCACCAUUUUUCCCCUUGAAGACUGGAUGGAGAGUUGGUUACUCUAUUUUCUUCCCCCAAAAGCCUUGUUAACAAUGCAGUUAAUUUCUUUGGACAUUUCCGUAAGAUGACCAGCCCUGGACUCGGGAAGCAUACAAGAAACACGCUAGUGGACCACUGUUUAUGGGACACAAAGCCAUCUCUGAGGGUUUCCUGCUUUGGUAGGCCUGGUCUAUGUCCAGAAUUCAUGCCAUGCUUGACCAGGAGAAAGGGAAAGAGCAGGUUUAUCUUUUUAAGGCAGUGUAAUUAUCAUUUUUUUCUUGCAUAAUCCUUUUAUUUGUUGGUUAUUUAAUGCAUUCUGGUAUGUGCAAAAAUAGAACUACAACUCCAUUGACUCCUGAUGGGAUGUACUGUGUCUGUCUAAACUUCCAAUCACUGCCUGAAAACUCACCCCAGAUUGUCUGUGCACAACAGCAUACGUGUAUUUAUAAAACACAAGCAAAGAAGGAUCUUUUGUCUUUAUGGCCUGUGAGACUGAAGAAAUGAGAGAGGUUUUCUGGGUUAGUUUUCUCUGUGCCACAGCGUGUGAAUGUGCAACUCCUUGACCUAAGUACUCCAGAUCUAGAUGAGGAUUACACAGGUGGGCAAGCUCCACAGAUGUUGUGGGAUCAGCCCUGAUGGAGUUAAAGCUCUUUGGGAGCUUCACACUUGGACUGGACAAGAGGAAGUCUGGUUUCUUCUGGGCGAAGCCUUGUAGCAGGUAUUGCUUUUGGUACUUAACACAUCUGUUAAUAUGGUGUGGAAGGAGUGACUGUGCGUGAGGAGAUAAAUCCCAUGGAGAACACUG